CUUCUAAUUGUAUUCUAACUAUUUCUUCAUCUUGCCAAUCACCAAAAUAAAUCAAUACAAAGAGAGGCAAAUAUGGCCUUAGAACAAAUUUUUCAAGACCAAAUAGUGGAAUUUGAUCAACGCGAUAAUUCUUUUGAAAAAUGGAAGACAAGCAAUCUCGAUAAACUUGAAGAAAAUUCACCUCAAGGUUUCGAGUGCAACAUUUGUCUAGAUCUUGUGCAUGAUCCUGUUGUUACAUUAUGUGGUCACCUCUAUUGUUGGCCUUGUAUCUACAAAUGGAUACAUUAUAACGCCUUAUCAUCUGAAAACAUCGAUAACAAACAGCCAAAAUGCCCUGUUUGCAAAGCUGAAGUCUCACAAAAAACAUUGAUUCCACUCUAUGGCCGCGGUCAAGCUACAAAAACAUCAACCAAGGCCAUGAGUCUUGGUCUAGUCAUACCACAAAGACCUCCUAGUCCGAGAUGUACGAGUCACGGACUAAUAGAUAAUAAUAAUAUUUCUCCUUUAUCUCAUGAUGAUCAUCGAAAUCAUAUAACUUUAGAACAUAUGCUAAGUCCUGGUGGCACGACAACAGGGGAAAUUGUUUAUGCACGAAUGUUUGGGAACUCAUUGAAUACUGAUUCGUAUACAUAUUCGAGUUCAUACAGUCCAAGGUUAAGAAGACAACUAUUACAAACGGAUCAAUCACUUAGCAGAAUCUGUUUUUUCCUAUGUUGUUGUUUAGUAACAUGUCUUCUCUUGUUUUGAUCAUCUUCUUCGCGUGUUUACACAAUGUAAUUAUAUUUAGUAACGCGAUAUAUUAUAUGAAUAUACGUUUUUGAUCAA